AGGGGGCAAAAGGCAUUGGAAUAUGGCGGAGGGUCAGUGCAUCGAGCGCUUCAAAUCGCAACCGCGCCUCCCCGGAUUCGCCAUUCCGAGGCGAUAUGAUCUCUUCCUCAGGCCCGAUCUCUCCUCCUGCAAGUUCGCCGGGUCCGCCCAGAUCGCCGUCGACGUCGUCGACGACACCAGGUUCUUGAUCCUCAACGCCGCCGACCUUGACAUCGAUGGCGGCUCCGUAUGGUUUAGGAAUCCGAGCUCCUCUAAGGAGGUCCGGCCGUCGGAGGUCGUUCUGGUGGAGGACGAUGAGAUCUUGGUGCUCCAGUUUGAUGAGUUUCUUCCCCGUGGUAGCGGCGUCUUAGGUAUUGGCUUUCAAGGAACGCUGAACGAUAGGAUGAAAGGGUUCUAUAGGAGCGUGUAUGAGCAUAAUGGGGAGAAAAAGAACAUGGCUGUCACUCAGUUCGAACCUGCUGAUGCUCGACGAUGUUUCCCGUGUUGGGAUGAGCCCGCCUUUAAGGCCACAUUUAAAAUGACAUUGGAAGUGCCAUCUGAUACCAUAGCUUUGUCAAAUAUGCCCGUUAUGGAAGAAAAGCUUGAUGGCCUUGUCAAGACUCUUUCUUUUCAGGAAUCACCGAUUAUGUCUACAUAUUUAGUAGCUCUUGUUAUUGGCUUGUUUGAUUAUGUGGAAGCCUCAACCUCUGAUGGGAUAAAGGUUCGAGUGUACUGUCAAGUUGGGAAGAGUAGCCAAGGAAAGUUCGCUUUAGACGUUGCUGUGAAGACACUGGAUUUAUAUAAAAAAUACUUUGCUGUCCCAUACUCACUUCCAAAAUUGGAUAUGGUUGCUAUUCCUGAUUUUGCUGCUGGGGCUAUGGAGAACUAUGGUUUGGUCACAUAUCGAGAAACAGCAUUGCUGUUUGAUGAUCGCCACUCUGCAGCCUCAAAUAGACAACGGGUGGCUGUUGUUGUAGCUCAUGAGCUUGCACACCAGUGGUUUGGGAAUCUUGUAACAAUGGAAUGGUGGACUCACUUAUGGCUAAAUGAGGGGUUUGCGACAUGGGUCAGCUAUCUAGCAGCAGACUCCUUGUUUCCUGAAUGGAAAGUUUGGACCCAAUUUCUUGAUGAGACCACCAUGGGGCUUAGAUUGGAUGCACUUGCUGAAUCUCAUCCUAUCGAGGUUGAUAUAAAUCAUGCCAGUGAGAUUGAUGAAAUUUUUGAUGCUAUAAGCUAUAAAAAGGGAGCCUCUGUUAUUAGGAUGUUGCAAAGUUACCUUGGCGCUGAGUGCUUUCAGAGGUCAUUGGCUUCAUACAUAAAAAAAUUUGCCUGUUCAAAUGCGAAGACUGAAGAUCUAUGGGCUGUUCUUGAAGAGGAAUCAGGUGAACCAGUAAAUAUGUUGAUGAAUUCUUGGACAAAGCAGAAAGGUUAUCCUGUUGUUUAUGCAAAAGUUAACAAUGGGAACUUGCAACUUGAGCAGACACAGUUUUUGUCAAGUGGGUGCGAAGGGAAUGUACAAUGGAUUGUCCCUAUUACAUUAUGUUGUGGUUCAUAUGCAUCUCAGAAGAAGUUCCUAUUGAAAACAAAAUCUGAGAAGUUGGAUGUGCCAGAACUGUUCAAUCCAGAAAAUCAGAAGAUAAGUGGAAGUGUCUGGAUUAAAUUAAAUGUUGACCAAACAGGCUUCUAUAGGGUGAAAUAUGAUGAUGAACUUGCAGCAGGACUAAGACAUGCAAUAGAGGCUAAUCAACUUUCUCCAACAGAUAGAUUUGGUGUUUUGGAUGAUUCAUUUGCCCUUUGUAUGGCUUGUAAGCAAACAUUGUCAUCUUUGCUGUCUCUGAUGGCCUCCUUCUCAGAAGAGGAUGAAUAUACUGUUCUUUCUCAAAUGAUCACUAUUAGUUACAAAGUUAUUAGUACUGCUGCUGAUGCCACUCCAGAGUUGCUCGCGGACAUCAAACAGUUCUUGAUCAACCUUCUCUGGCAUUCCGCAGAGAAGCUAGGUUGGGAUCCCAAAAGCAAUGAAGGCCACUUGGAUGCAAUGUUAAGGGGAGAGUUGUUGACCUCUCUUGCAGAAUUGGGGCAUGAUAUUACUACUAAAGAAGCAGUCAGACGUUUUUAUGCCUUCCUAGAUGACAGAAAUACAUCACUUCUUCCUCCAGAUAUAAGGAAGGCUGUAUAUGUUGCUGUGAUGCAGACUGUCAACAGUUCGAACAAACUAGGAUAUGAAUCUCUUCUGAGGGUUUACAGAGAAACUGAUCUAAGCCAAGAAAAAGGCCGUAUAUUAAGUGCCCUAGCAUCCAGUCCUGAUCCUGCUGUUGUUCUUGACGCCCUAAACUUUCUACUGUCUUCAGAGGUUCGGAAUCAAGAUGCUGUUUUUGGGCUUGCUGGAAUUAGUAAAGAAGGGCGAGAUGUUGCAUGGGUGUGGCUGAAGGAAAACUGGGAUCACAUUUCAAAGACAUGGGGCUCUGGAUUUCUGAUCACCCGCUUUAUCAGUUCCAUCGUGUCACCGUUCAACUCGGAUGAGAAAGCCAAUGAAAUAGAAGAAUUUUUUGCAAGCCGGACUAAACCUUCCAUCACCAGAACGGUGAAGCAAAGCAUUGAGCGAGUCAGAAACAAUGCAAAGUGGGUUAAGAGCAUCGGGAGCGAGCAGUCGCUUGGAGACAUUGUGAAGGAGCUUGCAGACAACAAGUUGCACCCAUCGCUUUGAUAUCAGAUCCCUCUUGUUGGCAACACGUAAGUAGAACUAACUCUUUGGCAACAAUGUGUGUUUGAAACGAUGUAGCUCUAUCAGUAUAUCAAUAAAACAAGUUUCAACUUUUUGU